GGAGGUAUAAAAGGGUGUUGACAACUUGAUUAAAUUUCAUUCAACACCUCAGACCACCGACCACCGACGACCAUGGCCAUAUCACCAAUCCAUCCAUCGGAGACAAGGAGGAACAGACGCAAGCCUUGCCAAGCUGCCGGUAUUUUCCCAAUUAAGCCCAUAGGUAAGUUGGGUAGAAGCUGCUUGCCAGUUCCAGUUCUCACAGGCAGUACAUAUAGAAAGCCAAAUAAGUCCAAUCCAUCGGACUUUGUGCAUUCAGGAAAAUCUCGUAUUCCAGUGCUGAAAACCCAACAUACAAUGCACGGGUCUAGGAUUGAGGCCUUAAAAAAGAAGGAGAAAGAAUUGACUAUAGAAUUGAUAAAAACACGGACGGAGCUGGAAAGGGUAGAGGGUCUACAAAAGAAGCUCCUUGUUCUGAAACCAACGCCCAUUAGGAGACCCAAGCGUCGUUCAAAAUCAUUGGCGUUAGGCGCUUCGUUCAUGGACAGUCCUUUCACUGACAGUGAAAGCCCUAAAAUCGAAAAAAUGUCCCCAUUGAUUCUGUCCAUGACCCAAUCGAAAAAUCCUAGAAGUCUCUAUGAGACUUAUCGCCACACGUGUAAAUUCCUGCAAACACCGAGACAAUCGACUUUUAAACUGCGCUCAAGAGCUUCGACUCCCAACAAUGAUACAGAUAUUUCGGGUCGAAUUCAGUGCCAAUUGGAAAAUCUGUUCGUAUAAAUCGGUUCCUGUAGAUAAGUUUUUAUCAUUGUAAAAUAUUUUUUAAGGAUACGUUAAUAAAUUAUUUUAAAACAUGA